AUGAGUAAGUUCUAUUUAUCAUCACUUAAAUCCAAUUAGAAUCAAUAAAAUGGUUAUUCGUUUUCAGGAUUAAUACCCGAAACUUCUCAAUUGGUUAAAAAUGCUUGUCGCUCAUUUAGUACCAACAAAUUACAACCAGUAACACAUGUCAUUUUUGAUAUGGAUGGUGUACUUUUAGGUAUACUAUUAUUAUUUAAAUGAUUUUUUUAAAUAAUUAUGUAUUUACCACCGUUAUGUAAAUAUAGAUACUGAGAACAUACAUAAGCUUUCAGUAACAACAGUGGCAGCUAAAUUUGGUAAAACAUACAACUUAGACCUACGUUAUAGGGUUUUAGGAGCACCAGAAUUGGAUGGAGCCAAGAUGGUUAUAAGUGAAUUGAAAUUGCCAUUAACCGUUGAAGAAUACGUAAAUAUGGUUCGUGAGUUUGAAAAAAAAGUUAUGUCUGACGUUGACGUAUUACCAGGUUCUUAUUAUUUUCUUUCUGUUCUAUUCUUCAAACAAUUUGAUAAAAACGUAAAUUUGUUUGGGUAUUAUUAAACAAAACAAAAAAAAAUGUUUUUUUCACUUUUUAAAUAGGUAUUAUAAUAUUUAUCUGUACAAUUCAUAAAUAAUAUUUAUUAUACAGUAAAAAAAAAAUUAUUAUUUUAGGUGUAGAUCGGUUCAUACGACACCUUCACAAAAACAAUGUACCAUUUGCCAUAGCAACUAGUAGUGCUAAAAAAAGUUUUGAUACCAAAACUAUGAAACACAAAUCAUUAUUUUCACUAUUUCAUCAUGUUGUCAACGGUCCAGAUGUCAAAAAGGGUAAACCUGCACCGGAUAUAUUUCUUGCUUGUGCCUCAAAAUUUCCUGACAAGCCACCUCCAAAUAAAGUAUUUAAAUACAAUAUAUGAUUUAGAUUAAAAAUUAAUAAUUUGCUAAUUAGUUGUUUGUUUCUAUUACUUAGUGUUUAGUAUUUGAAGAUUCUCCUAAUGGAGUACGGGGGGCCAAAGAAGCAGGUAUGCAGGUAGUAAUGUUGCCAGAUCCCUUGUUACCAAAGAAUUUAUGUACUGAAGCGACUGUAGUGUUGGAGAGUAUGGAGCAUUUCAUCCCAGAAACAUUUGGUUUGCCACCAUUUAAUUGA